AGUAAGUGAGCUGCGACAGGGUUGCGGAGGAAAAAGCGCUGCAGGGGGAUUCAGGGGAUAUUCAGGGGAGUUGAGCACCGUUACUCAAGAGCUCCACGCUAUACCGAUUGCUCGGGCAGUGCGCGAGCGGAGGCUGCAGGGACGCUCACGCUGCACGCGGACUUACGGGACAGGAUUUUUUUUCUGAAUUAACGGGAAAGAAAGAAAAGAAAGUAAAAUGGGACGGAAAGUUUUCUCAGAUCAGGAUUCGUGUCUGGUUUUCAAAGUCUAAAGGAUUUUUUUUGACUCGGAUUAUAGAGGGAAUAAAACUUUUUUUUAGACUGGUGUUGGCAGAUUUUUCAAGACGUUAUGAGGAUGCGUCGCGCGCAAAUGUUUUGGACCUGACGGAUAAAUCGCGUGCAUUCGCCCGACUGACGCGCCGUGCAUUUGCACGCGCGCGGGAUACACAACGAUGGAGAGACGCGUCCGCUCACGCUGAGUUGCGCGCGCCUUAAACUUGCCCAUGAUAAAAGAGUAAGAAAUAAGCGUUGAUCUUUCUCUCUCCCGGACCAGUGCAGCAGCGCUUUAUUCCCCUGACCGGACUUUUGCUGUAUUUAAAGGGCUCGCGCCGAGGACAUGGGCUGACUGAAAAGUGUCAUCGAUAUGAUUUUGCUACGCGGCGGCGCGCGCGCCUCGUUCCGCGGGCGCUCGCCGCUGCUCGUGCUCGCGCUCGCGCUGCUCCUGCCCACGCUGCCGGGAUUCGCGCGAGCGUGCCGCGAGCUUCUCUCCAGCGGCUGCAGCUGCACCGACGAGCGCGCCAAGGGCCACGCGGCGCAAUCGGGCGCGCGCAAGCGAGUCAGCUGCGCCGGCAAGGAGCUGACGGAGACGCCGGAAGCGAACCUCAUGCCCAACCGGACUAUUUCAUUAAACCUAAGCAACAACCGCAUCCGAGUCCUGAGAAACGGCUCCUUCGCUGGACUGUACAUGCUGGACAAACUGGACCUAAAGAAUAAUCUGAUCAGCACCAUCAUGCCUGGAGCUUUUCAGAGUCUAACAGCACUGAGAAAACUUGACCUGUCCAACAACCGGAUCGGCUGCGUGACUCCAGAUAUGUUCCAGGGACUCACCAACCUCACCAAACUGAAUAUUUCAGGAAACAUCUUUUCAUCGCUGGAGCCGAACAUCUUUCAGGAGCUUCCCUCACUGAAGCUGGUGAACUUUGACUCCGAGUUCCUGUCAUGUGACUGCGGCCUGCAAUGGGUGCCGGGUUUCUUUCGCACGAGCUCGGCCAGACUCGGAGAUGAGACGCUGUGCACGUAUCCCCAAAGGUUCCUGAAUAGACCGCUGCGAGAACUAAAGGAGAGCGAUCUGACCUGCGAAGGUCCCUUGGAGCUGCACACUCUGUUUCUGUUACCCUCGCUGCGGCAAGUAGUGUUUAAAGGAGACAGGCUGCCGUUCCACUGUACUGCCGCUCGGGUGGACAAAAUCACUGCUGUACACUGGCGCCACAGAGGCCAAAUUGUCAGUCACAACCCUGAGAAUGGAGUUCUACUAGAGGAGAGCGUUCUUCAUGACUGCACCGUUAUCACAAGCGAGCUGAUCUUGUCCAACGUACACGUCGAUGCUAGUGGCGAGUGGGAGUGCGUGGUGACGACAGGCCGAGGGAACGUCUCACGUAGAGUAGAGAUCGUAGUGCUGGAAAACAGUGCCACCUUCUGCCCUGAGCAACGAGUGUCCAAUAAUAGAGGAGAGUUCAGGUGGCCAAGAACUCUAGCUGGAAUUACUUCAUACCAGCACUGCCUUCAGCUGCGUUAUCCAUCUCUGGCUGGAGGGGGUGCCGUUGACCAGAAGAGGGCAUCUCGCUAUUGCGAUCGCUCGGGACAGUGGGCGGAAGGAGACUACUCUCAGUGCCUCUACACCAAUGACAUCACCAAUGUUCUUCACACCUUUUUACUAAUGCCCAUGAAUGCCUCGAAUGCUGUGACACUAGCUCACCAGGUGAGGACAUACACGCUGGAGGCUGGAGGCUUCAAAGAUGCUGUGGAUGUUUUCUACAUGGCACAAUUGCUGCAGAAAUUCUUGGAUUAUCUCGAUCAGUCACGUGAGCUGUCGGAAGUGCUGGUGGAGAUGGGCAGUAACUUGAUGCAAGUGGAUGAUCAGAUCUUGUUCCAGGCGCAGAAGGAGAGGCAAGCAUGCAGCUCUAUAGUCUUCUCUCUGGAGACUUUAGCAUGGCCCCAGCUUCACCCUAACGCCCAAGAUCUCUCCAUGGUUUCUCGGAAUAUUGUUAUGGAAGCGCACUUGAUCCGCCCCGCCCACUUCACCGGCAUGACCUGCACUGCCUACGAGAGACGAGAGAGCUCGGGCACCAGCGGAUUGGACGGGAUAGACUCCAAUUACGAGCAGCAGUUACACUUCCGCUGUACAACCGGAACCCACAACACGUCCCUCACUGCUUUCCCUUUAAAGAAUGCUGUAGCACUUGCUUCAGUCUCUCUUCCUCCAUCCUUGUUUUCUACGAACGCUCCUAUGAGCUGUAAGCUGCAGUUCGUCACUUUCCGUACCGGAAGGUUCUUCCCGUUUAUCGGAAACUCCAGCGGCGCAGCUCGUAGGAGGAGUGUGAACACACCGGUCAUCUACGUAGGCCUCGAUGGAUGCAGCAUGUGGAACAAAUCAGCUCCUAUCAUUGUGUCGCUGCGUCACAUGUCACCUGGUCACGAUCCCGUCGCUGCGCACUGGACUCUGCAGGCGCUCAAGCAUCAUGGGAGUUGGAGUACGGAUGGCUGUCACUUAGCGCACAGUGACGGUAGCAUCUCAACGCUACGCUGUACUGUGCUUAGUAACUAUGCAUUGCUUCAGGAGGUGCCUGAGUUCCCAGGUCUGAGUCCUGCAACAGUGGAAGUGCUCCACCCGGUGGUGUACACCUGCACUGCGGCGCUCCUCCUGUGCCUCUUCACCAUCAUUUUCACGUACAUACUCCACCACAGCUCUAUUCGGAUUACAAGGAAAAGCUGGCACACCCUGCUCAACACCUGCUUUCACAUUGCCAUGACGACGGCGGUGUUCGCUGGGGGCAUCGGUCUAACCAGCCACCCGAUUGCGUGUCAAACGGUGGGCAUUGUGCUGCAUUAUUCAUCACUGUCUACUCUGUUGUGGAUCGGUGUAAGCGCACGGGUGCUUUUUAAGGAGGCAUUGUGGCAGUCUCCACGGCAACCAGAAGGCGAUGGGACAGUGGUGCCCACUCAGCGGCCCAUGCUCAGGUUUUAUUUGAUAGCCGGUGGCGUUCCCCUCAUCAUAUGCGGGAUCACUGCAGCUGUCAACAUCAACAACUAUGGGGACAACAUUCCUUACUGUUGGUUGGUAUGGCAACCCAGUAUUGGAGCUUUCUAUGUCCCUGCUGGCCUGGUGAUCCUGGUGACCUGGAUCUACUUCCUGUGUGCCAUAGCACGCUUGAGAAGCCGAGCAAGCCACAUUGCCAAGGAAGCUCCAUGCUCCACCUCUGGAUCUACUCCUUUACCUGAAGCCCAGCCAGCUUUAAGUGCCAGUACCAGCUUACUUUCAACGGACUCUACAGUUGGCCCAGUGCAUGCUGGAAUAGUGCAGGAGGACCAGUACUCACUGAAAGUUCAGUUCUUGGCACUGGUGGCGACUCAGUUUGUGUUUUUGCUUCUGUGGUGUUGCGGUGCAAUGGCUAUGUGGCACACAGACAGAGAGAGGAAGUUAUUCAGCUGUCUGUAUGGCGGAACAGCGACAGGGCUGGGAAUCUUCUUGGUGCUUCAUCACUGUUUUAAACGCCUGGAUGUCCAGGCAGCUUGGCUUGGAUGUUGCCGGGGGUACCACCGCUCACAGCCAAUUGCAGCCUACAGCCAACCCUCCACUGCCACUGCUGGAGUCCAGAGCACUUCUGAAAGGGGCUCCCAACUUUUUGUUGCGUCUCUUCCGACAGCAGAGCAAAGCAACUACUCUUCUUCUGCCAGGUCGUCGUCCACUCCGAGUGGCUCUAGCAGUAUUGGCAAUGGACCCUGCAAGCUCACCAACCUUUUGCAGGUGACGCAGGACAAUGCCAACAACACAACAAAAGCUCGGGCAGGAACUAACACCAAUACCAGCACCAGCACGGAGAACAACACUAACAGCAAACCUGCCAACAACAUGCUGCUGCCCAGUAUUAGCACCACACUACCUGUUCAUCAGCAACAGCGUAAAAAGACUAGCGGUAGAACUAAGGCUGGAAGUGUCCAGUACCACCACCGGGUGGAGGGAAGGGGACAUUAUCGCCUCAAAGCACUACGUGGAGGAGGUGGCAGUGUAGGUGCCUUGGGCCCACCUGGGGUGGACCAAGUCAACAUUCACCAUGUUCACAGAUAUGCAUCCAGUGAGAAUGGAAGUCUUCGAAACAGCCAAUCGGAGAGCCGUAAUGGUCCCCUGACCAACGGUAGACACCGCGGGGAAGGACCGGGAACAAGUCCUUCGGAAGGAAGCGACGGAGGAAGCAGUGGAAGCAGGAAGCCUUUCCCACUUUUGCCUUCGAUAGCAAGUCGGGUUGCCAUGCAGCAGAAUGGGCAGAGGCGCAGUACAAGCAGGGACAACCUUAAACUGGUCUCCGCAGUCGAUAAAGACUUUAAACGAGGGUCAUUUCCGUUGUACACCGACACCAUAAAAGCUGCUGGAAAUACAAGCGCCACAAACCCAUCCACGCUUCCUGCCACAUCGAAUGGACUGAUUAAAGGUUCAGUGAUUGAACUGGACGCAAGUGGAUCGGACCAUUCGCAGGGGUCAGUUGGGAUGAGGCCUGGGGUUUGGAAGAGUGAGACAACAGUGUGAUGGUGACAUAAGUGACCUCUAUUUAAAUCAGCUAACAUUCUGUGUUAAAGGGAAGAGCACAUUUAGCAAAAACCUUCCUUUCUUUAAUCCCAAGGGAAGGAAACAUGGGGUUUCUUCCAGGAUUUGCCUCCCUGACAAUUAUAUGUUUAAUCAUUUUCAGUGAAUUACAAUUUGCACCUUUCAUACCUGACUGUUUGCCCGAUAUGUAUUUGUUAAACUUUUAGGAGGGAUUGAGUGCAUGUUGGUGCCAGAUACAGCAGGAGGUGUGUUGUUUGGACCUUGUUGUAUUGCUAAAAAAAAUUGUAAAAAGAUGAAGGGAUAUACAUAUAUGCAAAAAAACGAACUGUUUCCAAAUCAGUAUUAUUCGUGAUGAAAUGUUGCCACAGUAUUGUUUUUUUUUUGUAUAGAAUCUGUCUAAUGUGUGACAUUUAAAAGCUAUUGCAAGUUUUUUUGGGGUUUUUUUCUUUUUGUCUAUGCAUAUCAGUGGAAACAGAAGUGCAUUCCCAGUUGAUUUGUUUGCUCUUUUUUUUUUUUUUUUAAUAUAAUGCUUAAUGUGUUUGUCGUGCUUUGUAUCUGGGUAUCUGGCGAACGUGCACAUGUGAUAAUGAGAGAUGUAUAUGUCAGAAUGUAUGUAUGUAUGCAAGAAUGUAUGGAUGUAUUAAUUGACUAUUACAGUAUUUAGCUUUAUUUCUCUCUCCAGCACUGAAAAAUACCUCUUGGCUUAACCGUUCCAGUAUUAAGGACCUGCAGUGAGUUGACAUCCCCUCUAUGCUUUAUUUGCGGAAUAUGUAUUGGCACUGGGGGGGAAGAUGCUGGAUUUUUAUUUUUCUGCAGAAAAAUGUUUGCUGUUGCAAAGCAGGAAA